AUGGGCUACAACACAGAAAAGACGGAAUGGCCGACAUUCGAGAUCAACAAGGCCGUCAAAGAGCUCAUCGACCAGUUUUUCUGGCAGCUAGACCAGCAGGACCCCCAGGUUGGCGACAUUCUGGCGGACGACAUCUUUGCAAAAACCGGAAAGGCAGAGUUUGGAGGACACUUGUACACUGGACCGGAGGAGAUUCGCAAGUCCAGAGACAAUGCGUGGAAAGUGAUAUCCAGCCGCCGCCACGAAGUCUUGAAGGUCUUCUCAGCCGACCUCGACGGCAGCGAUCUCCUCUUCAUCGGCAAUGUAGCAAUGGGCCUUCGCAACGGGAACAGCGUGGCCGGAGAGUUCACCGGGAGGCUUCGCAUCGAGAAUCCGACGUCGUCGCAGCCAAAGCUCCUUCUUUAUCAGAUUUGGGCGGACUCUGCACCGCUGGUCAAGGCACUGCAAGGAAACUGA